GAUUUAAGUCUCGGACGAAGACGGACGUUUGCCGCCAAAUCUGAGGCCACGCCGUGGAGGAGGACGGGAGGAGAGGACACUGCACCUUCUGCUGCCCUUGCUGGAGAGGAUGGUGGGUGUAACCGAGACCUGCAGGAUCCCUCAAGAUGUGUGGAAGAAGAUUGAAGAGCUUCAGACAGACUACAAAGAAGAAGAAAUCACUCUGAAGGGAUAUGUGAAGCGGCUGCAUUCCCUGAUUGACACUCAUCUCAUGGAAGCAGACCGUGAAGACAUUGCUCAGCUGGAGAAAAGACUCAAAGAUGCUGACAUUACUGAGGGCACAUACUUCAAGAAGCUUGAGAAAUUACUGGAAUCAAGUUUAGAAUUAGCAGCAAAUAAUGACAAGAUAAUCACAGAAAACAAGGAAAUGUUACAGAACAGCAUUUCCUCAGCAAAACAGAAACUCUCUAUGUUUGCCUACAAAGAGAGCAGUAAGAAUAGUAGUAAUGCCAUUGCAGAUACUAACAAGAAGAUAAAAGUAGAGAAGAAACUUGAAAGCAGUGGUCAAGAAAACAAAGAAGACAUGAAUGUACAUGAGAAGGAACAUGAAAAUAAUGGUCAGGAAAAUAAUGAAGAAGAGAUGAAAGAAUAUGAAAGUAAUGGUCAAGAAAUUAAGGAAGAUAUUAAUAUUGAUGAGGAGAAAUAUGAAAAUGAUGAUCAGGAAAAUAAUGAAGAAGAGUUGGGAGAAUAUGAUAGUAAUGAAGAAAAACGGGUUGAAACCAAUGGCAUAAAGAAAGAGGAAGAAGAAAUGGAUACUGAAGAUGUAGCUCCUUCACCACCACCACAAAAGAAGCAGACAAAGGGUCGAACAUCCCGCCGAAGGCAGUCUCACGCUGGACAGAGAUCCAUAACAGACAUAUUCUCAUCAUCCAAACAGAGGACUGAGAGCAAGGAAGGGAAAGAAGAGGAAGAUGAAGACAAGGCUGUUGAACCUGAUGAGAAGAAGCAAAAACUUGAGGAAGAUGCAAAGGAACCUGCAAAAGACACUCCACCAAAAGAGAAACCUGAGCCACAAAAGUGGAUUGUGAAUCGAUGUGAGAUAUGUCGACAGCACCUCUCAAGCCCAGACCUGCUGCUGUACCCUGGCCACCCUGAGGGGUCUGUGGAGGAGUUCAUUGCCCUCACAGACCAAAGACUCUCUCUCUUCACUGGCAAUGAAGAAUUUAUUCAUGAAUAUGAUGAAAGACCACAACAUAAAAUCACAGAGUUCAAUGUGUAUGAUACAGAGGGUCACCUUUGUCCAUUUGAUGGUGGCCUUAUAGAGCGCAAUGUUUUGCUGUACUUCUCUGGCUUCCUCAAACCUAUCUAUGAGGAAGAUCCAAGUGCAGAGGGUGGUAUUCCUACUAAGGACAUUGGUCCCAUCAAUGAGUGGUGGAUUUCUGGAUUUGAUGGUGGUGAGAAGGCUCUGAUUGGCUUCUCUACUUCAUAUGCUGAAUACAUCUUGAUGUCACCUAGUGAGAUAUAUUCUCCUUUUGUGGAGGCUGUGAAAGAAAAAAUAUAUCUCAGUAAGCUGGUGAUAGAGUUUAUGCUUAAUGAUGUUGAUGCAUCCUAUGAAGACUUAUUGAACAAGCUUGAGACAGCAGUGCCCCCAAGUGGCCUGCGGACAAUAACAGAAGACACAUUGUUGAGACAUGCCCAGUUUGUGUGUGACCAGGUUCACAACUUUGACUUAGCUGGAGAGGAGAGUGAGGACAUGCUGAUCACCACACCGUGUAUCCGUGACCUCAUCAGACUAGCAGGCAUCACUCUGGGCAAGCGUCGUGCACUGAGGCGUGUUGGUCCUAAGCUCAAGGUUGUCAAGGCACCAAAGUGGACCAAGGCAACCACAACUCCACUUGUGAGAAACCUAUUUGAGUCUUUCUUCCCUGAGCAGAUAGAUACCGACAAAGAUGCCCCUCCCACCAGAAGAACCCGGUGUGGGGUGUGCGAUGCCUGUCAGAGAAAUGAUUGUGGGCAGUGUAAGCAUUGCAAAGACAUGGUCAAGUUUGGAGGCUCGGGCAGGUCCAAGCAGUGUUGCAUUGAUCGCCGGUGUCCCAACAUGGUCGUAGCUGAGGCAGAUGAUGAUGACAAUGAGGAGCUGGUUGGCAUUUCACUGAAAGAUGGCACUGCCAAGCCAAAACUUCACCGCAUCCGAAGACACACCCACCAUGUUGCCUGGAGUGGAAAGCCAACCAUCACUGAGGGGAAGAGGACUUACUAUAACUGUGUCUUGAUCAAUGAAGAAGAAUAUUUUGUGAAUGACUGUGUGAUGGUGGAACCUGAUGAUCCCCAGACCCCAGUGUACAUUGCUCGCAUCAAUCACAUGUGGGAGGAUGGUAUGGGCAAGAAGCACUUCCAUGCAGACUGGUUCUGUCGGGGAACUGACACAGUGCUGGGAGAGACAGCAGAUCCACUGGAACUGUUUCUUAUUAAUGACUGUGAAGACACUCUUAUUGAUGCCAUCAUGAAAAAGGUCACAGUACAGUAUGUGGGACCACCACCAAACUGGAAGAUACUUGGUGGCAUCCCAGAGAGAGAUGAAGACUACCCUGUCAAUGAGAAGGAUGGCACCAUCUACUGGUACAAGAUGAUGUACACACCUGAGUUUGGACGCUUUGAAGACCUUCCUAAAGAUUAUAAUAUAAAAGCAACAGAUGAACAGAAAAGUCACAGGUACUGUUCCUCAUGUGCUAAUCUGGAAAAAGCUGAAAAGAGAGAGCUGUGUGUGCUGGGUAAGAAACUUGAGGAGUCCACUCAGUCACAAAACAGGUAUGCAUCAGUCACAUAUAUGGAGGAUGACUUUGCCGUGGGAGAUUGUGUGUUUGUGAACCCAGAUGCUUUCCAGUUUCAGAUUAAAUCUGCUCCUGUCCCAGAGAAGGAAGAGAGGAUGAAAAAUGUGGAUGAAGAAAUGUAUCCAGAGUAUUACAGGAAGUCUUCAGACCACAUCAAAGGAUCUAAUGAGAUGACACCUGAACCCUUCAGAAUCGCAAGGAUCCUUUACAUUACAAGCAAGAAUACAGAGUCAGCCCAGAGUCCCAGUGACGUGUCAGUGAGAGUGGCCAAGUUUUACCGUCCAGAGAACACCCACAGAGGUGCUGUAGCCUCCUACCAAGCAGACAUGAACCGCCUCUACUGGAGUGAGGAAGAGAUCUGGAUAACCUUCAGUGAUGUCAGUGGGAAGUGUUUUGUGACUUUUCAAGAUAAUCUGUUUAACAAAACUAAUGAUGACCUUAUGAAGGAGCUGCCCCAUCAUUUCUAUUUUGCUGAGGCUUAUGAUGCUACUCGGAAAGUCUUUGUAGAACCGCCUCUCAAGGCCCAGAACAUGGGCAGACUGGGAAAAGGAAAAGGAAAAGGGAAGAAGAAGGGCAAAGGCAAGUGUUUCCCUGAUGACAGUGAGGAAGCCAACUUCCAAGGCUUCAAGGAGACCCCAGAAGUGAAGCACAAGCUGCGCACAAUGGAUGUCUUUGCUGGUGUGGGAGGUCUGUCAGAGGGAUUUCAUCAAGCUGGUGUGAGUGAAUCAAAGUGGGCAAUUGAGGCAUUUGAGCCAGCAGCUUUAGCUUACAGACUCAACUUUCCCAAUGCAACUGUAUUCACCGAUGACUGCAAUAGCUUGCUGAGAAUGGUGAUGGAUGGUAAUAACAUGAACAACAAGGGCCAGCGUCUGCCUCAAAAAGGGGAUGUGGAGAUGCUGUGUGGAGGUCCCCCAUGCCAGGGAUUCUCAGGAAUGAACAGAUUCAACAGUCGGCAAUAUUCUCUGUUCAAGAAUUCCUUAGUGGCUUCUUAUCUGUCCUACUGUGAUUACUACCGUCCACGAUUUUUUCUGCUUGAAAAUGUACGUAACUUUGUGUCAUACAAGUGUGGCCUGGUGCUGAAACUGACCCUGCGAGUGCUGGUCAAGCUGGGCUAUCAGUGCACCUUUGGCAUCCUUCAAGCAGGGAACUACGGUGUCUCACAAACUCGUAGAAGGGCAAUCAUCUUUGCAGCUGCCCCAGGAGAAAAAUUGCCAAGGUAUCCUGAAUCUACUCAUGCCUUUUUCUCGAAGCAAAGCAAUUUGUCUGUUGUGAUUGAUGCGAAAAAGUAUGUAACCAACUGCCAGUGGACAGAGUCUGCCCCACUGCGCACAGUAACAGUGCGGGACACCAUGUCAGACCUUCCAGAGAUACCCAAUGGCCACCGCAAGGAAGAAAUGAGUUAUGGAGCCGAGCCUGUCUCUCACUUCCAGCGCUUGAUUCGUGGCAACCAAUACCAGCCUAUCUUGAGGGACCACAUUUGCAAGGAGAUGGCUCCUUUGGUUGCAGCUCGGAUUGAGCACAUCCCCAGGGUACCAGGCUCAGAUUGGCGGGAUUUGCCAAAUAUUGUGGUCACCUUGUCUGAUGGAAAGGAAACGAGAAAACUCUUGUAUCUUCACCCUGACAAGAAGCAAGGCAGGUCCUCAAAGGGAGCAAUGCGUGGUGUGUGCCCCUGUGCUGCUGGGCGUGCAUGCCACCCAAUGGACAGACAGUACAACACCCUCAUCCCUUGGUGUCUGCCACACACUGGCAAUCGCCACAAUCACUGGGCUGGUCUUUAUGGGAGACUGGAAUGGGAUGGAUUCUUCUCUACCACUGUCACUAACCCUGAACCCAUGGGAAAGCAGGUAGAACAGGCCCGAGUGUUGCAUCCAGAACAGACACGAGUGGUCAGUGUUCGGGAGUGUGCACGUUCUCAGGGGUUUCCAGAUACAUUCCGCUUCUUCGGGACCAUCUUGGAGAAACACAGACAGGUUGGUAAUGCUGUGCCACCUCCAAUGGCUCGUGCUUUAGGACUGGAAAUAAAAAAAUGUAUACUUCAUGUAGAAUAUGAGUCUGAGAAAUUAUAAGAGUAUUGAAGCAUUGGUUGGCAACUGAUUUUAGUACAACAUUUGUUUUUAUUUUGUAAUAAAGAUUUUAUCAGUUUUAUUUUGCUUUUAAUACAUUUUAUGAGUCAUUAAUCAUUACUGUUUUAAGUGAUGGAGAUAUUGCAAGUGUAUAUUUUUGUAAAAAAAUUUAAAACUGAAGUUAAUGGAUAUUACGAUAGUAGUAGUAGUAGUUCCAUAUAAAAUGCCCCAAACUUUGCUGCUGUGCAACAUUUAUAAAACUACCAGCUAUAUCCAAAAUAUAUUCUAUAAACCUA